UGUUUCAGGUCGGAAAUGCAUUGGAAAAUAUCUGGUGGACAUAAUGAAACUGUUAGGAGAAAUGGCCGAUCAUCAUGGGGCAGUCAGCCAGCCUCUGUCUGGAAGUCGCCGAAACGCAGGAUAUCAGGGGACCUCAUCGAAGGUACAAAUUCGAACGAGAGUUUUCCACCGUCAAUUUUCAUGAUGCUGAAGAACCAUUUGGAUAUCAUAGGCAGGAAUGAGCCGAUACAGAGAAAAGCGAGGUUCUGGCAGUCUUACGUGAGGGCUCUAAAAGGCACGGACGAUAUGCGAGCUCAUGAUCGCGUCUCGUCCCGUCCACGUGGCGUCUUCCGACCGCUAUUGUCCGACUUCCCCGAGCUGUCGAGCGGGUGGCCUUACAGCAAGUCCAUUUACGACGAACCAAUCCACGCCGUAGACCGCAUCUCCGUACCGGGCUACCGCUACCUGCCCGUAUCUCGCGAGACCUACGGCUACUCACCGCGCAACCUCUACCCGGCGCCCUACGGGGGGCGCCUGUGUACGACGAAAAAGGCUUGGGACGACCACCUCAAUCGCCUGGCGGACAUUGAUCGUCAGUAUCCGAGCAAGAGUCCUUUGAUAGCGCGACACAUCGCACCAUUGCCCGAACGAGAGUCCUACUCAGCUGAACCCAAGGACAAAGUUGCUUACAACUACGCUGGUGUGCCUAUCUACAAUCGGGGAGGGUACACGCGACGUCCUUUGACGGAGCUGUUUAAGCCUUCCAGUUUCCUUCCUCUAUCACGACUGACAAGCGACCCUUGGUGGUGGGCUUACCCCUCUCUACGUCCUUACACUUUGCCCUUCAGCUGGCAUAAGAGUCCCUUCUAUCUACGUGACAGCUACUUGUCUCCCGUCAAGAGGACCUAUCUAUGGGGACAACAUCCUAUCAGGCCAUUUGCUCAUAUCUACUGAUUCUCUGACCUCCCGCCAGACAGCGCCACUUCAAUAUUACAGAUCAUUGGUUGUGUUGAAGAGCUAAAAGACUCACGUAUCCUGUUCUGAAUUGACACAAAUCAAAAUUCUUCAAGUUAAAUUAACUCUUCUCAUAUUUGGUUAACACACGUUUGUUAUCCGUCUUAUAAUUAGUGUUAUUUCUUCUUGGAUCUCAUUACUAACUCAGUAAUUCCAUUGGAAUGCGCGUCAGGAUAUAACUAACCUUUCCUCCCGCCAUUUUGCAGAAGGACUCAUUGUCACCUGUUGGUUAUAAAUGUAUAAUUCCAAUAUAAAGUCUAAACAAACCUUAAUUAUCCACUGGAAUGUUAUAUGUAUGCAUCAUUGUUGGAGUAAAUCAUUAAAAAAAAGUAAUAUUCAUAGCUACAUGUUCUCCGUAUUAAGAGUCAUCCCUUGUUUGGUUUCACAGCAUUGUAAUAUAGAUGACUGUUUACGUCCACUGGUUGUCUCAACAACCUGUUAAGACGUGAUUCCUAAAAUUUAAAAAUUAGACUUGGAAUAUGUUAUAUAAAAGCUAAUGUAUGUAUGAUUAAAUUCACUUCAGGUUUUAAUAUCUUAGUCCUGAAGAGACUCAGUAACUUUUUACUCGAAACAUAUUCAAAGGAAUAUAAAAGAGAAAUAUCUGAAGUCGGAGAUUGAUAUAAUGCAAACAAGAAACAAUGAGCAGAAACGUACGCCAUUUUACUUCAACACAACCAGCAGCAAGGAUUAUUUAUUCGACUGCCAAGACAGAAAUUCAUUUACAAGGUCAGGUGAUGACAUUCACUUAAAAUGGUGUUUUAACAUCUGAUCAUGUACAAGUAAUAUAUUUUU